AUGGAUUUCUGCCUUCGGAACAAGUUCCAAUCUGGAGUUCUCCUCGCUGGCCGAUACCAAACGAUCUCCCCCCUCAACCAUGGAUCUUUUGGCAUGGUCUUCAUGGCCCGCGACCUCAAGACUGGUCAGAAGGUUGCCAUCAAGUGCCUGACAAAGAAGGGAGCUGCAAGCGAAGCCGGCUUCGACUUUGCGGUUGACGAGAAGUCUGAGGAGCUGGUUCUUCACCGACGUCUUGGAGCCCACCCCAACAUUGUCAACUUCAUCGACACCUUCGAGACCGAGGCCCAUACCUACAUCGUCCUGGAGUACUGCGAGCGAGGCGAUCUCUACGAAGCGAUCCGUCUGGACCAGGGUCCUUUGGAAACCGAGCAUGUGAGGCGAUUCAUGCUGGAGCUUGUCGACGCUGUUGCCCACAUCCACGCCAAGGGCAUCUACCACCGUGACAUCAAGCCUGAGAACAUCUUCCUCACCCAGACUGGCUCUGCCAAGUUGGGUGACUUCGGGCUUGCCACUACCGAGAAGUGGUCGUACGAGGCUGCGGUUGGAAGCGAGCGUUACAUGUCCCCGGAGCAGUUCGACUCGGCCGGUGCCGGAUACUCGCCGGCUGCGGCAGACAUUUGGGCCAUUGGCAUUUGCUUGCUCAAUGUCCUCUUUGCCCGCAACCCAUUUACCACCCCGACCGAGGCCGACCCGCUUUUCUUGGAUUUCUCCCGCGACAAGCAGUCUUUGUUCGACGUAUUUCCGUCCAUGUCCCAAGACACCUAUGAAGUCAUUGUUCAGUGUAUGAACCUGGAUCCUCGCAAGCGCUCUCUUGAGGGUGCUCGCGAGGCUCUCUACCGCGUCAUCAGCUUCACCACCGACGACGAGAUCCUCGACGACUUCUGCACCGCCGAUGGCCCCGUGGUCGCCAGCUCCAACCGCGAGCCUCUUCGCACUCCGUCGAUCCAGAGCCCCCAGAUGGACACUGGCGCUUUCCCCUGGGCCAAGGCGCUCCAUGCCAACCCCCAGAGGCAGCUCAGCGACAUUCCCGACGACGAGAGCUACACCGAGGACCUCUUCUCCACCUCCACCGCCACCACUUCCGACUGGCUCUCCGCUAGCAUCCAGACCCCACCUUCCGUUUCAUCUGUUAUGGACUCGCAUCUCGCUGCCUCCAUGCAGUCGCUUAACAUGGGCUCGAUCGCUCAACCUAGCAAGGAUAUGUUCGCCAAGAUCCCCGUGAGGCCUUCGGUCGCCGCCGGCUCUCUCCCGAUCAACAUGGCCAAGCAGCCUAAGCAGUCAGCUUUGUCAAUGGUUUUCGGUCGCAAGGAUACUGUCUCUAAGAGCUGGAGUGAUUUGUGGGACGAAGAGGAGGAGGAAGAGGAGGAGCACGCUAAGCAGCUGGCGCUCAAGGAGAUGAACUCCAGAACCUAUAGCCAGGAAAGCAAGCACGAUGAAGAGAACACUCCUCGCGUCGGUCUGUCCCCGGCUACCAAGGCGGGCAGCCUUCACAUGGAGCACGACAUCCCGGCUAUCGAUAUGCACCUUGGUUCCAACAUCGACGACGACCUCGCUGCCGAUGGUUUCUUCUUCCACGAUGCUCCCGCCCGGAAGGAGGAGCCCACCCAGUUUCCCAUGAGCCACUCCCCGCCCACUCGUAAGAGUGCCAUGGAUAAGUGGGCGGCUCUGGGUGAACGUCGCAGGGCAACAGGAACCACACCUCCUAGAGGCUCCGAGUCUGUUCCGAGAUCGCAGCGCCAAAUCCCUCACAGCUUUGGCGCCGCCUCUCACGAUUUCCACAACACAAACCACAACUCUUAUACUGUUCACUCGAACAAUCACUCAUCUCAUCAUUAUGCUGCCAACAUCGGAAAGAAGUCUACCCCGGUGAAGCAGUGCCCUUGGAGCAAGGGACGCGAUCGGGGAAUUGACUGGCGCAAGGAGAAGCGUCAUCCUUUCGAUGUCGAGUGGGUUGGUGGCUGGACGGGAACUCCUCUCGUGCCAGUUCAUCACUUGUAG